GGGCGAGUUGGGCUUGGAUGGUAGGAAGUGGGAAACAUUCGCGUGAUAAGUCGUCGAUGCCUGGUCCACGCUUUUUGAAAUGACCCAGGACCUCUCCACUUCGGCCACGCCUUUCUUGUCGACUUCAACGACAGGCUGGUCUAGGGCGUCCGGUGUUCAGGCCACUGUCAUCUCCAUGGUGCUCUGGACGGUGCUAUCGAGAGCGCUGUCGAAUUUGGACGAAACUCGUAGGAAGAUGGAUGGAGUUGCUAGGAACUGUGGGCGCUGUCGGACUACCAUCGGCGGUAUUUUGCGUAUCUGACGCUAGGGAAACCAUUCCUGGGGCGGCAGCCAGACCGCGACGGAACCGCCGGGCUCAACUCAUACCUAUCUUGUCGUCGCUGUGGGGGGUCCGCGGAAUGAGAAAAGCAUGGCGACUAGAUUGGUUGGUUUGACGGCGUCGUUUGGAUGUUUCAGAGGGUUGGGCGGAAAACGCGGGACGCAAACGGAGGUAGUGGUGUGUGCCCGACGGGCCGAGUCUUGCAGCUGGUCUCGGGCGUCGUUCAUCAUUCGUCGAGAAGGUGUCGUUGCGCGGGGAGCUA